AUGGCGCGUGUUUUACUCCUUUCUGCUCUGCUAGUCGUCUCAGUGGCUCUCGUAUAUGGGCAGUUUGAAGUUAGUGAGACUCAGGGUCAGAACUGUGGCCACUACGUUGCGUUCACACAACUUGAGCCUAGCAAUGUCGGUGGCCUUCAUCUCCGCGGAAACAUCAUGUUCGUCGUCGCCAACCGACUCCCAUCCGUCACCCGCAUGAUCGUCCACCGCUUCCCGUCGUCUAUCUCUGACAUUCUCAGCGACCUCCACACCAGGCCCCAAGACACGGAGGAGUCGUUCGAGUCUGCCGAGUCUACCGAGUCUUCUCAGUCUUCCGAAUCCUCAGACGAUGAGAUUCCUACGCCCGUCCCUAUUGAAAACGAGGAGGAGGAUGCGUUUGCAACGGGCGGUGAAUCCAGCAUCGUUACCAACGUGACUCCCGAAUCCUCGGACGAGGAGAUUCCCACUCCCGUCCCUAUCGAAAACGACGAGGACUAUGCGCCUGUCACAGGCGGUGAUUCCAGCCCCGUUACCAGCGUUUCUUCGGAAACGACUCCUGACGAGACCACCGAGGAUACCGAAACGGAAAACGUCCGGAUGUUGACGGCGGAGGAUGACAGCGACGCUGCCGUCACUGCCGACCCCGCCUCUGACAAGGUUACCGAGGAUACAGAAACGGAAAACGUCAGACUGUUGACGGCUGAAGAUGACAGCGACGCCGCAGUCACUGCCGACCCCGUCUCCGACGAGCGUCUCCCGACGGAAACUGAUGACGCCGCUGCUGCGAAACGCUCGGAUCCUCUGACGUCCGCUUUUGAAGCGUUUGUGCUCUCUCGCGAUUGGUCUAAGAAGCUCGACCUUGACGACUUGUUCUCCAUGAUUCCUCCGCAGGAUCAAUCCUCGAAGCAUCUGCAGCUGUUCCAGGAGUUUGUAAAGGCCGCGAAGGAGUUCCAGAGCAACGCGCAGACUGCUCAGGAGCAGGAGGAGAGCUCGGAGAGUGGGGACUCUGGGAAUGAGAGCUCGGAGAAUGAGAGCUCGGAGAAUGGGAUCCCGGAUUAUGUUGACCAGGUGGACGAUGAUUUAACGGAAUAUCUCAGCAAACUCGACAGCGCGACGGCUGUUCCCGUGGACGAUGAUGACUCCGCAGUCUCAGGCGACGAUGCGGAGGUGACAGUCGUGGACGACUACUUCCCCUUCCCCAGCAUUCUCCCCGGGUGGACCGUCACCAACAUUAUCGGCCUGGUCAUUCUCGGGCUCGCGUUUGUCUUCCUGGUUACCAUGAUGAUUCUCAGCCUCGCCUCGAUUAUCUAUGGCUGCGCUGAUCCGGAGGAUGACGACUCGACCAUUCUGCUUUAUGAGGACAACACCAAGACCCCCCUUCUGAAGUCAUAUGUUGUGGAGUACUCCUCACCCAGGGGACAGCAUGCGAACCCAGUGGCCAAGUAUGUGCCCCCUGUGGCGAAGUAA